AUGGCCAAGAUGAGCUCAAUAAGGUUAUUCUCCAAAACGAUGAUAAGAGGCUCACCCUUGCUAGCCUCCAAUUCAUCACGAACUCUUUUCCAAUUCUCCAACCGAAUAGCAACUUUCCAUACGUCAGCCAUAACACACCAAGAAAUUAAAGAUCCAUAUAAAGUUCUAGGAAUAAACAAAUCAGCCACUUCUUCAGAGAUUAAGAAGGCAUACUACAAACUAGCUAAGAAGUACCACCCUGAUAUAAACAAAGAACCAACCGCAGAAAAGAAAUUCCACGAUUUGCAAAAUGCCUACGAGAUUCUUUCCGAUGAGACCAAAAAAUCGCAAUACGAUACCUUUGGAUCCGCUGCAUUCAACCAGGAUGGAUCCGGUGGAGCUUCGUCAGCAAAUAACCCCUUUGCUGGUGGGUUUUCCUCCUCAGGUGGCCCUGGAGGCAAUCCAUUUACUGAUUUCGGCAUCAAUUUCGAGGAUUUAUUUGGUGCUGCUUUCGGUGGUGGUGCCGGAACUGGACCUGGUGGUGCAAGAAGUGGUGGUGCAAGACGUUCAAAUAUGUAUAGGGAAUUCAAGGGGGAUCCACUGGAAAUUACACAUAGGAUUCCAUUUAAGGAUGCCGUAUUUGGACUCGCUAACGUUUCUUUAAAAUAUAACGUGAUGGACCCAUGUCAUACGUGUCAUGGUUCUGGGAUCAAACAAGGUGCGCAAAAACAUCAAUGUCCCUCAUGUCAUGGUUCGGGACAAAAAGUUCAUAUCAGAAGUGGUUUCCAAAUGGUUUCCACCUGUAAUGAAUGUCACGGAGAAGGUACCAUUUUGAAUGCCAGUGAUUAUUGUGGGACUUGUCAUGGUGAUGCGGUGGAAUUUACUAGGGAUCAUUCCAUCAACGUGAACUUACCUAAUGGGCUGCAAGAUGGUGACGUUAUUAGAAUUCCAGGACAGGGGAAUUAUCCGCAAAUGGCUCUGGAUCCUGAAUUGAAAAACUCGGUUAAAUUGACAAGAGGUGAUGUCCUUGUGAGGAUUCGUGUAGAUAAAGAUAAUAGAUUCUCCAUUAAGGAUAAAUACGAUAUUUGGUUCACCAAGGAUAUUCCAAUUACUACGGCAGCAUUGGGUGGUAUUGUAACGAUUCCAACAGUGGAUGGAACCACUCUCAGAUUAAAAGUACAAGCGGGAACGCAACAUGAUCAAGUCAUUUCUAUACCUAAUUUGGGUGUUCCACGCAGCUCCAUCAAUAAAGAGAAUCGUGGUAAUAUGAAAGUGCAAUAUAGGAUCGUCAUAAGGAAACCACAAUCACAAGCUGAGAAAUGUUUAUGGGAAGCUUUGGCGGAUGUUACUAACGAUACUAUGGCCAGAAGAACCAUGCAGCAGAGCUCUGGUACUAGUACAACAUCGCCGGGUAAAGAUACAACGAAGACUGGUAAAGAAGAUGAAACAUCAUCUGCCACACAUACAAAGAAGAGUGAAGAUGAAAGUACGGGCACAACAGAUCCAGAUGAACCCAAUGCUUUGGGAAGAUUGGAGAAAUUUAUCAGCAAUACAUUUAAAAAGAUUAAGGGAGAAUUAUAA